GUAGUUAUGGGGUUUUAUAAAUUUGUGGUAAAUAGAUACGAGUAAUUUAAAUUAUUUUGCCGAAAGUGCUUCAUGGUUUUCUUGUUUGCAUUGAAUUCUUUAUGUUAAAAUUGUGUUUUGAAUUCAAGUUCCUAUAGCUGUCUCUAGCUUAUACAAUGCGUAGCGGAUUUGUCCAGAUUGAGCUAAAUAAGACAUUAUGGGAGGUACCUGAGAGGUAUCAGUCAUUAGCUCCAGUGGGAUCUGGAGCUUAUGGACAAGUAUGCUCUGCCUUGGACACAGUCAGGAAUUUCAAAGUUGCAAUCAAAAAGUUAGCAAGGCCAUUCCAAUCGGCUAUUCAUGCGAAAAGAACAUAUAGAGAAUUGAGGCUUUUGAAGCAUAUGAACCAUGAAAAUGUUAUUGGUUUAUUAGAUGUUUUUACUCCUUCAACUACUUUGGAAGAUUUUCAAGAUGUGUAUUUAGUGACACAUUUAAUGGGCGCCGACUUAAAUAACAUCAUCAAAACCCAACGACUGAGCAAUGAUCAUGUUCAGUUUUUAGUUUAUCAAAUUCUUCGGGGUCUGAAGUAUAUACAUUCUGCUGGAAUCAUUCAUAGGGAUUUGAAGCCUAGUAAUAUUGCUGUUAACGAGGAUUGUGAAUUAAAAAUUUUAGAUUUUGGUCUGGCGAGACAUGCCGAGAUUGAGAUGACAGGUUAUGUUGCCACUAGGUGGUAUAGAGCACCAGAAAUAAUGUUAAAUUGGAUGCAUUACAACCAAACAGUUGAUAUUUGGUCUGUUGGAUGCAUCAUGGCUGAACUAUUAACUUCAAAGACAUUAUUUCCUGGCACUGAUCAUAUUGAUCAAUUAACUCGCAUAAUGGUUUUGUGUGGUAAACCAGAUGAAGAGUUCCUGGACAAAAUCAACAGUGAAGAGGCACGAAAUUACAUUCGUUCUUUACCUGCAAUGAGGAAAAAAAAUUUUAAAGAGGUUUUUGGUGGAGCCCAUGCUGAUGCCAUUGAUUUGUUGGAAAAAAUGUUAGAACUUGAUGCUGAUAAACGUCCAACAGCUACUGCAGCACUAGCUCAUCCCUAUUUACGACAAUAUGCAGAUCCUUCUGACGAACCCUGUGCUGAGCCAUAUGAUGAGUCCUUUGAGGAUAAAGAGCUAGCUGUUGCCGAAUGGAGACGUCUCAUUCACAAAGAAGUAAAUAUGUUCAUAAAUCCCAAAAUACGACAAAUAUCUGCUGGAAUAUCGGAAAUGGCUCAAGACAUGCAAUCACGAAUGAAACUGGAAGACUGCUUGCCCAUUUCCCAUUACAGAUGACAAUGGCUGUAAAAUUUACUUUUUCUCUCUUCAUUUUGCUGUAUAAUUUUGAAUUACAGUAGACCCUGGUUUUACGCGGGGGUUACCUUCCACGGAAAUACCACUUAAGUCGAAACCGUGUAAAUUGAGACCUAAUAUUAGUGUUAAAAUAGGGGUUUGGUUCCAUAGAUAACAAAAUACUUCAUUCUAGUUGUGACUAAUUGUGUAAUAAGUUUAAUGUGUACUUAUAUCGACUUUCAUGCACAACAUGUAUAAAGAAAACAUAAAUUAAUUUUGUGUCCUGUUUAUAAAGAGGACCUGGUUAUGAUUGUCUUAUAGCAGUCAUUAAGACUUUUUCUCAAUUCUUUGCAGAGCAUUAACGCAUCCAUUGAUCACUUAAGUCACUUCCAUGAUAGAAUCUUCCUUCACUAACAAAUCAGAAAGAUCAUUUCUAUUGUCUAGGAAUGGCUCAAAAUUUUCAAUGUGAACGUUUUUGGUUGUGGGACACGGAUGUCGGUAUCCUCGUUGGUUUUGGCC